AUGGCCUCGCUGCUGCUGCCGCCGGGCCUCUACCCCUGGCCCGAGGCCCCGGCCCCCCCGCUGACCCCGCUGACCCCGGGGGGCGGGCUGGGCUCGCCGUCGGGGCCCCGGAGCCCCCCCGACAGCCGCAUCCGCCGGCCCAUGAACGCCUUCAUGGUGUGGGCCAAGGACGAGCGCAAGCGGCUGGCCCUGCAGAACCCAGACCUGCACAACGCCGAGCUCAGCAAGAUGCUGGGUCGCUCCUGGAAGGCCCUGAGCCCCGCGCAGAAGCGUCCGCACGUGGAGGAGGCCGAGCGGCUGAGGGUCCAGCACUUGCGUGACCACCCGCACUACAAGUACCGGCCGCGCCGCAAGAAGCCCACCAGGCGCUUCUGCAGGCGCGGGGACGCCCCCCGGCCCCCCGGGGGGCCGCCCCCCCAGGCCCCAGCCGUUGAGGCCUACCCUCACGGGCUCCCCACGCCCCCCGAGGGGUCGCCCCUGGACGGCCCGGACGCCAACCGGACCUUCUUCUCGCCCGGACCUUCGGAGCCGGUGCCGGCCCCCGCGGCCUUCUUCUCCCCCGGCCCGUUCCCGGGCCUGUCGCCGCUGUCCCCGCCGCCCGAGCCCGCGGGCCUCGAGGCCCUGGACCGCCUGAGCCCCGACGACCUGCUGGCCGACGUGGACCGCGACGAGUUCGACCAGUACCUCCGCGCCCCCGGCCCCCCGGCCGGGGUCAGCCUCAUCUCCGCCCUGGCCGACGCCACCGCCGCCUACUACAGCAGCUACAGCGUCUCGUAGGACGCCCCCCACGCCCCAGAAAGUCGCGCACACACACACACACACACACACACGCAGAGGCGGUCAAAAGCAGUCUCCCUCAGUCACUCACCCAUUGCAGUCGUAUUUAUGGAGCGCUUACUGUGUGCAGAGCACUGGACUGAGCGCUCGGGAAGGGGCAACGGAGCGGGACAGUCCCGGGCCCAGACUGGGGAAGGGCACCUGGCUUUCUCCAUCUCCCUCCAGUGGCUCGUGGGGUCUCUGGGCUAGUGGAGGCGGCGGGGCUCCCUUGGGCCCUGCCCGGCGAGCCCCCUCACACCCACCGCCCAGGCCGGGCCUCGGCUGGGGAGAAGAACCCGCUGGACGAGGCCUCUCGGUCCCGCGAGUUCGCAAUUCGGGGAGAAGGAUAACGAUGGCAUUCGGUAAGCGCUUACUAGGUGCCAAGCACUGUUCUAAGCGCUGGGACAG